AUUUUAUGCAUGGAAUUCAAUUAUCAGUGAUCUUUCACAGCAAAGUGAAGUAGUUUGGGUCGGGAAUAUUGAUGCCUCAUGACAUAGUGCAAUGCAAUAUCUCAAGUGAAUGUAGAACAAUGCUAUGACGAGCUUGUCUUAAAGGGUUAAUCUAGGGUUAAGAUGCAAAGAUUACUUCCUUCCUCCUAGAAUUUGAUGCUCUAAAGUAUGGUUGUCUAUCUGGAUUACUGCACAGCUAUUUGUCAAUAGACUGAGAAGUAUGGUGCCUCUAGCUCAGUGGAGGGAAGUGAAGGAGAUGGAUUCAAGGAUCUCUAGUUUGGCAUGUCUUGUUUGAGAAGGACUCAACAGAAGUAGCAUUCAACAGAAGUUAUUGUCUCCUCUGAUGUUGUCCCCAGGUCAAUGUGUCUCCUUUUGGUAUCUGAGGACUCAACAGAAGUAGCAUUCAACUGUUUUCGUUUUAGCCUUUCCAUUUAAGACACUAUCUUUUAGUUGGGAAUUUGCUUGCAUUCAUCAGGGGACAAUAGGAUGAUAUACAUCAUAUGUAUUUCGGCUAGGCCUAGCACUACUGCUUAUGAAUUUAGAUUAAUUUAUUUCACAAUGUUGAAUGCAUAGCUUCCGCCCUCCUAGCUUUUCAAAUGUGAUGAGGAUUGAAAGGAAUCCUUGUGUCAGUCCAUUCUUUAUUUAUCAUUUUUAUUACAUGUUUUGGAUGCUAGGGACCAACAAGGUACAAGAUGCCAUCAUCUAGAGAAGCGUUGGAAAGAAAACUGCUAGCAUAGAAACAUGAUUCUUUGGUUAAACAAGUGUGAUCUUGUUCCUGUGGGCUACAAAGGGAUCGCUUAGAACAUUAUCGGGGAAUACCCAACACUAGCACUCCAUACAAGCAUCAAUAAGUUUUUUGGCCAGUUUGUAAAGUUGCUCCUAUUGGAACUUUGGUGUGGCAAUGCAUAACACUCACAAAAAGGAUUCUCUUGAUUGACUUCCCCAGAGUUAGGGACAAGAAUGGUGACUUUGAAACAGAUAUUGUUCUGUAAGGUAUGUGUCACAAAUAUGGAGGAUGCUUCUGAACAUUUUGAAGUUGUUCUGAAGCAUGUAAAAGAAAGAACAAAGGGAAAGACCAUACAAGAUAAAGGACUGAUCAAUUGCGUGUGCUAAGUACUCUGCCUAGAUUUCUAAUCGCAGAAGCUGCACCAGUGGUUCUAUGCUUGGAUUUCUCGUUGCCGCUAGAAAAUAUAUGAUAGAUCCAAAUCAAGCUCCAAGAAAGCAAGUAAAACCAAUUGCUCGUCUUCACAUGAUUCUAAAGUUCAGAUGGUUACUCAAUGAUGAUGCGCAAGAUGGGCCUGGUUUGAGUUUGUAAGCCAGGAAGGAACCUAAAGCCUCAUCGAUGGAAAUUUCAUUUUUCUGCUCUUGCCAUUUCGUCAUUAUAGAUUGUUGGAUACCUACACCAACUGAAAAGAUGGGAACAUUUUUAUUUCUUGACCUAAGAGUAGGACUGUCAUUUUAGUCCAUUGAUGCUAAAUAGUACCAAUCUGUUUUCAACUUGUAAGAUAUGUAACUUACUUUUUUGUUUUUUUACCACCCUCUUGAACCAGAGACGAGUUAGAACUGAAAAAUCCAGAAUUUAAAUUUAUGCCCCUAUUUUUUACUUUAUUACUGUUUAUUAGAUUAUUCUUUCAUUAUUUCUGUUUAUAUAAUUAAUUAUAAAAUAUUCUAGUUAUA